UAUAACAGUCCACAAGUAACGUGCAGCUACAGCGCUCAGGAUUUGCUUUCAAAGUGUGCCCCAGGAACGAAGUGCACAAGGGAACAGCUUUACUUCAGGGUGAAUAGUAACCUUAGUACCUGUAGUUCUGUUCAACUGUUCGUCAAAUGUUUGCAAUUGAGAAGUCUCAGUAGAGUUAACAUGUACGAUGUGGUGUGCGCUUGUCACUUGUGUUGUAUUUUAAAAUCCGUUUUUGCAUUUGUUUUCUUCCCAGUUUUAUUGCUGGGCACCCUGGAUCUCAUGGUUUGGAACCUUUGAGUUCAUUGUAAUUUUUCUUAGAGCACAACCUUGUAUUUAAGCAUCCUUCAACUUGGGAACCAUCAGCUUUGCUGAAGGUGUUUACUGGCAGUUUGACGCAAUUCCUCGAAAAAAAUGAUGAUGCUAAACUGUUCUAACAAAUCUAUUAUCAUUUCAAUGGUGUUAAAAAAAAAAAGAAGUGGUGGGAUAUCAUUUUCCCCUGAGCUUGCAUCAACUUGGGUGUGUAUAAUAAUGAGUUAUUACGUGUAUUUACAUUUUCGGUGUUUUAUGUCUUAAUGACAAUUACAAAAGGUUUCUUUCUUUUUUAGAAUUUGCUCCGAGACUGUGCAAAGCAGUCUAAGAUCUGGGAUAAGGCUUAUCCCCUACCUUCCAUUGCUGAUGGAAAACUGAAUAAGUUUUUUGAACUAGUAAGUACUUUACAAUGCACUACAUGAUAUCUUACGCUGCAACUACUGUACCAGCUGUACCAAGAUAAAGUUGACCAACACCUAAGACUUGUAUUGCUCAUGAUCAGUUGCACUGCGAGUAGACAAUUGAAAUUUCAUUGACUUGUUCUGUUCUUGACAUUUCAUUGGCUAUAGAAAAAAAGUUGGAAUCAAUUGUUUCCGUUCUGCUUUGUUAUGGUUAACUUUAUGUGGGUGACCCUGGUAACAGUAGUCACACUGUAUAUUGUAUAAAAAAAACAAAACAUGAAAUUUCAGUACAACUAAACUUCAACUAAACUUUCCUUCGUGAUUUGAAAACAGGUUAACGCAGCGGCCCCACAAUUAAAGGGCUAUAAAAAUGAAGUAAAGACACGCCUGGGCCAAGCCCUUCAAAAUAAAAGAAAAUAUCGAAAUGAUGUGAAAGCUGGGAAGAGAAAGGGACCGAAUGGGUAAGUAGUGGAUAUCCUCUUGUUUACUUGAGGUUGGCCUUCAUUCUUGUCUGAUUUUCUUCAUGCUUGUUUGUUUGGCUGUCUCAUUUAAUUUUGUUGCUUUUUUUAUUUCCUGUGUUUUUACCUGCAGAUUACAUGUAGAUUAGUAAUAAAUCAUGCCUUUUUAUGCACCACACAUGUCAAUGAUUAAAAGUGUACAUGUGCGUAUAUUUACCAUCUUACGUUUGAUUUUUUUUCAGUAAUAAGGAUGCAAAUACGGAUGCAAAAGUGCAAUGUAGGAAGUCCAUUUCUAAAUUUUUAGAAAGAGAGGCUGCAUCAUCAUGCAGUCAAAACAGGUAAUGAAAACUUUGGAACUCAAAUUGGUUUUCAAAGUGCAGGGAGGUUGUUGCCAAAACUAUAUGUACAGCUAAGACUUUCAGGAGAUAAGCCCUAAGACCCGAAAACUAAUACCCUUUAUUUUUUUUAAAAUUUAGUUUCUUUCUAUUUUUGGUUUUAAAAUAGCACUGACUGUGAUAGCAGCACUGACACAAGUACCAAAAUAAGUCCUGAUGCACAUUCAUCAGCAUUUUCUCAUGGGUAAGUUUUCCUUUCAGCUCAAGUAUAUACUAGACCACUGGAAAUAUAAAACACCUAAUCUAUGAAACAAAUAUUAGUUUAGUAAAUAUAACAUCACUUUUUUUUUCAUUUUCAUCCAUUUAGAGAAGAAGUCUUUGUGUACAAGACUGCAGAGAAAAAACUAAAAUUGGCCAAAGCCAUUUUUGUUGGGCCAGAUGAUGAGUCUGAUAAAGCUGGUAAUGUUGACGAUGACAAUGAAAUUAGAGCAGUUUUCAAUUCAGUGUUGUAAACCAAAACCAAAGUAAUUACACCAGCCAAUCACAAUGAACACAGACAAUCCAAUAAACCAAUCAAAACUCUAAGCAACCACAUGAAGGUGAUGUGAAGCACAGGAAAAUGUGUAGUAGCUGGUCACUAUUGGUUUUGGUUAUACUUUGGAUUGACUGAGAAAGUGGGGUGAGUUUUUCAAACCAAUCAAAAAGCGUAGUAAUGCAAAACCAAAGUGAAUGCAAAUUACUGAAGUGAAAACCACUCUAUCAUUCAACUGUAGAUCAGAUUUAAGUCAAUACAUAGUAGUUACAGUAGCUCGUGAGGAUCCAGCAUCAUGUUGGCUGUGCUGACGUAACAAAUGUUAAGGGAUCUAAUGUCUUGUGUAGAUUAUGUUGCUGUGUAACAAAGACCAGGUGUGCAAACUGUUAACAAAUAGUCAGCACUUAGUGCUAAAAGUUUUAUUCUUUCAAAAUUUCCCUUCCUUUUAAGGCAUGUACUCGUUGUUACAACUGAAUGCAAAAUAUAUCAAAGAAGAUGAGGAAAUACCAUUACCUGCUGAAACAGUUGAUGGUGAUCUGACUUUAAAUGAGGUUCAGGUAAUAUAUUUACAGUGUAUUGAAUUCAUUAAAUAA